GCACGUUGGAGACAUGGACCAUCCUCCUUGUCCCCGCCCCCAGAACGGAUCCAGUCAAUAUCUCCGAAGCAAUGCGAAACCCCGGACUUUCGAGCAGAAAAGUCACCCUGCGUUAGAGAGGGGAAGGGGCUGUAUAUAAGGACGAUCACGCAGGCCGCUUGAUGUCCCCUUUUUUUCCACUCGGCACCGGACCUUUCUCUCUCUUGUACUUUUCGGGUCUUUUCUUGUCCGGGCAUCCUUUUCUAUACUCAUUCUCUCUUCCGCUCGGGUUUUGUCCGUGACAGCCAUGGAGAAGAUGGAUAGCAACUCCCAGCAUGUCGAGGGGGUAGAAGCAAAGGAAGCUGGAGUUAGCCCUGGGGCUAUCGAGUCCGGCAAGCAUGAGGCAUUCUAUGUCGAGGACCGAGUCGCCCAUCUCACCGAGGAACAUCGUCAGUAUCUGCUCGCCCGUCAUGGAACCCUGAACUUGGAUCCGAUUCCAGACAUGAACGAUGCGGACCCGUAUAACUGGCCGACCUGGAGGAAAUCCGUCAAUCUAGCGCUGGUCGUCUUCCACGCCAUGAUCGGUCUCUUCACUGCUGCUUCCAUCCAAUCCGCCUUUGUCGACAUCGCGGCCGAUCUGCAUGUUAGCAUGCAGCGAACUAGCUACCUGGUCUCCCUCUUCAUCGCCGUUCUCGGUGGUGCACCUCUUUUCUGGCGCCCCCUUUGCAACCGAUUCGGUCGCCGGCCCAUCUUCCUGAUCUCGCUGAGCUGUGCCCUGAUCGGAAACAUCGGAUGUGCGAACAGCCACUCCUACGGCACGAUGGGAUUAUGCCGUGCUAUCACCGCGUUCUUCAUCAGUCCCGCCGCGGCCAUUGGCAGUGCCGUUGUCGCAGAGACUUUCUUCAAGAAGGAUCGCGCGCGAUGCAUGGGUUACUGGACGCUAAUGGUUACUAUCGGUGUCCCCACCGCGCCAUUCCUGUUUGGAUUUAUGGUUAUGCGCGUGGGCUAUCGUUGGAUCUACUAUGUCCUUGCUAUCGUCAACGGUGUCCAGUUCAUUCUGUACUUCUUCUUCGGCUCUGAAUCUCUCUACCUCCGCAACGAGAACGCCCCCAGCCAAGUCACCUCCGUCAAAGACAGCAUCUUCAAGUUCCGCCGCAUCGACCCAGCCCCCCUUCGUCUCUGGGACUUUAUCCAGCCCCUGACCUACGUCACCAAGCCAUGCGUCUUCAUCCCAGCCUGCGCCUACGCCAUGAUCUUCCUCUGGGGUAGCAUCGCGCUCACCAUCGAGAUCCCACAAGUCUUCCCCGAGCAAUUCGGCUUCAAUACCCAGCAAGUCGGCCUGCAGUUCCUGGGCGUCAUCAUCGGCUCCGUAAUCGGUGAGCAGAUCGGCGGUCUGAUCAGUGACCGGUGGAUGGCGCUGCGACAGAAGAAGAUUGGCGGCCCCCCAGCGGCCGAGCACCGUCUGUGGCUGAGCUAUAUUGGCCACGUGCUGACGAUUGUCGGCGUUGUGGUGUUUGCGGUGCAGUUGGGCAAGGCCGGUGAUACGUGGAAUAUCACUCCCAUCAUUGGUGCGGCCAUUGCUGCUGCUGGUAACCAGAUCGUUACUACGGUUAACAUCACCUACGCGGUGGAUUGCUACCGCGCGGAUGCGGCGAGUGUGGGCGUGUUUAUUACGUUUGUCCGACAGACUUGGGGAUUCAUUGGACCUUUCUGGUUCCCCGAGAUGUUCGAGACUGUUGGGUGGGGCGGUGGGGCGGGUAUUGCUGCGGCUCUGAUGGUGGGUGUCAGUGUGAUCCCUACUAUCAUCCUGCAGAUUCGCGGAUCCAAGUGGCAUUAGCCAGGUAAUGAAUGGAGGAUAAUAUGUUGGUAGUUUUUAUAACCUUGAAAUCUUUUCGGAAAGAACUUAGUCAAUGAAGCUUUGAAUCGAUAGUUGAAUUCAUAGCUCAAGCACACUUUGAGUGAUUCCGA